AUGGACUCUGGCGGCCCCGAGGAUAAAGAAUCCAGCCACGUCGGCCACCCUGGGACUGCCCACCCAAAUUCUCCUGGAUUCGGAGGCGGUGGCUUAAAUUUACCACAUACACAUUCACAUAUAAACGAUGGCACUGAUGGAGAGUCGCAAAGAUCUGGGAAAAACGACUUGGGUUCGCUUCUGGAACGGGUCAGGGGCGUUUCGUACCACUACAGUUAUCUGGACCAUCCCGCGGACGUUAUUCUGUUGGGCGAGGGGAGCUCUAUCAGGGAGGCUCUUCAGUCGAUUUCUGUGUCUCUGUUCAACUACAUGUCUGACUUGUCUUUCGUGGAGGCUGCACACUUCAAGGAGCUCGAGGUUUCGGGCAGGGGUCUGCUGAAUUUGCUUUACCACCUUCUGGACGAGUGCCUAUAUUUGUACAGCAGCGAGUACUUCAUCGCCAAGCACGUUUUAAUUGAGGACGAUCUCUCUUUGCCUCCCGUUCUGUCUGCUGACCAGUUUAACAAUCACACCUUUUCUUUAAGGGCUUUCGCCGUCGGCGACUACUACAACAAAUUAAUUCACCGUUCUGGCACUGAAAUUAAGGCCAUUACUAUGCACUACUUGAAUUUCUCCUUCUGGUUGGGUGGGAGGUGUUACGAGUACAGGAACGACAUGGAAUCUCAGGACAAUACUGUUGAACUGCUUUCUGGCCUCGCCGCCCACAAUUAUUCUAUUUCUAGGUGCUGCGUUUACUGUCUGCUGAGCAAGAGGACUGUUGAGACCGAUGUCAGGAGGUUUUACUCGAGCUCUUUUUCCAUUCCUGCCAACUACGCCUACUUGGCUGACUUUCACACCAGGCCUGAGUCUUGGGACUUGUGCCUCGCCAUUUUGUGUAAGCACGCUGCUUGUCCUGAGAAGGUCACUCGGCCCACUGUGCCUGUGCUUCUGUACUCCGCCAUCACUCUAAAGCUCCAUGCUUACGGCGGCUUCAGUCACCACUUUUCCGAGUGUCUUGUCAACAAGUACACUUUGAUUUGGGACAUUUGCGAGCGCGUGCUUGCGCUAAUCUUCGCCUUCUCGGGUUCUCACCCUCAGAUUUGCGAGCACCUUUCCUGCGUCGUCGCCUGCUCCGUCAUUUACGGCUUCGAGGCUUCUCACUCUGCUUCGCGCCUUCUCUUUCUUAUUGCUCUUGCUAAGACUGAGGACUGCUCUCUUGCUCAGUACUUGUACUUGGGCAGCGUCGCCAGGGAGGUUAUGGGUCAGAACAUUUCCAUUCACCUAAUUCACAGGAGCUCCUUCAUCAGGGCUUGCGUUGGUCUUGCUCCCAGGGUGUUCUCGAAGCUCAUUUCCUCCUCUGGCGGUGUAGAGAUUGCUCUCGAUCACUACCGCAUCUCCGCUCUUUCCGAGUGGAUAAGCUUGCACAUGUUCCUCAUUCGGGUCUUCUACCCCGUCACUCUCGAGCACAGGUUCCUCGAGUCCUUCGAGUUAGUUUUCGAGGACCUCAUGAUGCCUCAGCGCAAGCUCAGCGACCUUGAGCUCGUUCGUCGCAGUCUCUACGCUCUCAGGGAGUCCGACGCUGUCGCCUUGGUUCUCUCCUUUAUCAAGUACGGCAUUGCUUCUGGGGACGAUAAGAUCUUCAGCUCCUCCUGCGAGCUCUCUGCGCAGCUUCUUUCUCUCUGCCAGGUCGACCUCGCGAGCCUUCUCAUGAUGGCCAACCGGCGCUACUUCGAGCUUCUCGACGUCCAAGACCUUGAGGAGCGGUGGCGCCUCGCCUCCAAACACUCUCUCUGCUCCUUCUCGCGCACUGUUCGCAAGCUCACUGUCGACUUCGUCGAGGGCAUCUGCUGCAUCGGUGAGGAUCUGCUCGUUUGUGGCGAACCUGAUCGUAAGCUAUCGUUUCUAGGGUCCUUCACUUCCAAGUGGCUUAUUGACCUCUUCAUUUCCGCCUCUCGCGAGCACCUUCCCUUCGUGCUUCACUUCGGCCUUGUAAAGCCUCACCGUGUGCACAACUUAUGCCGUUUCGUAUGCCUCUUUUUGUUUUCCGACAUUUUCAGCUUGCGGAAGGCUUCUCUCGACUUUUGGUGCUGUUUUCAGGAGCACUUGUUCCCUCCUCGGAGGGACCUUUCCUCAGUCACCACCUGUGCUCUUGAGAACGUCAGGGCCACUGUCACCAGGUUUCUUAGGCCUUGCUACGAGUACUUCGUUGCUGACCUCUACCGGAGCUGCAUUAUUUCCGAGGGCGACGACUUCGAGGCCCUCAGUCUCUAUCGGGAGCUUGUAGUCGACUCUCUUCGGUCUGCUAUUCUCGUUACUGGCUCCGACUGCGUCCUCAGACUCGUCAGGGAGGACCUUGAUAGUCUUGUCGACACGUUCGACGUGCGCGUGCUCGAGCGCUGCGUGUUCGUCACCUCCGUUCUCGCGAGUCGUCUUUCUGGCGGUAGGGACGUUGUCAAAUCUUUAAUUCUUAUCUCUCUGGACAUGAUUGACUUCAGGAAGAUCCCUCAGUCCAAGACUCAGCCUGUCAACCUUUACCGGAACUCCUUCUUCAGGCUAAUUCUCUGGACGAGCGCCUUCAUUUGCGCCGACGAGGACCUUCUCGACCGCACUGUCAGGUUCAUUUCUGAGCAGAUUAAGUCCACAAAGCCCACCAACACUCCUCUAAAUGCGCACGUGCAGCUUGACCAUGCUGUUUUGGGCCUCUGCUUCAACUUAACUUCUCGUGACAGGACCAAGCGCUCCUUCAUUGACUACCUUUCUUGCAGCAUUACUAGCUACGUCUUCCCUCUCGAGAGGCGUCUUGAGAUCAUUGAGGCCUUCAACUCUCUUCUUGAGGGCCUUCCUCACUUCGAGGCUCUUCAGCUUCGCUACAACAUGGUUAAGGGUCUCUUCUACCAGAUUUGUCACAUCGAUUCCAUCUCUCAGAUGCCCGAGUCUUAUCUUUUCAUUCUCGCUGUCAUGUCUUCUCUCAAUUUUACCAACCACAAGGAGAUGAAACUCGACUUCGUCGUCCACGUCGUCGACUUUAUCUCCCAGUUCCUUGAUACUGAGGAUUUUUGGCGGUACCUUGCUGAGGUUGUUCUCUACACUUCCGUCUGCGACCAGUCUCUCUGCUCCUUCUCCUCCAACUCUGUGCAGAACAACAAGACUAGUUUUCUCUUCUGGGCUUUAAAGCGCUCCACUCCUGGGUUCGUUCAGCUCGUCGUCAUAAAGACUCUGCUUUCUCAGAACGUCAUUCAGGGUUGUUCGAAGCUCUACGAACUUAUCGCAUCUCAUCUCACUUCUGUUGGCCUGAUUUACCUUUCCUUGCUCAGGUCCAAUUCUCAUCCUCCUGAUCACCAGGCUAUUGACCUUCUCGAGUGCUUCAGCCUCGUACUCGUUCGGUGGCAGCUCGUUCCUCUUAUUUUCGAGUGGCGCGAGCUCGGCGAGUUCAUUUGUGCUGUUGCCAACUCUCUGCCUCGGAAACUCUCCAACCUAAACCAUGCUGGCUACUCUGUCGUCGCCAAGUUCGUUGGCUGGGCCGACUUUCCCAAGCAGCUAAUCACCAACAUCGAGGGCUCCAAGUACCAUGUUUUCAAGGCCAUCAAGGCUCGUUCUCGGGACAUUCUAAACCGGACGGAUAAGGACAACUCUGCUAUUUCUGUGAUCUACCAUGUCAUCGAUGCUAUUUUCAGGGCCACUGUUUCUCGUGCUGAUCGCAUGGAAUCUUGGAUAACUCUCGCAUCUCAGACUUUAUCUGUUCUCAUAAAUUGCUCUCAGACUCUGCAGAACACUUGUGCUUCUCUAAAAAGCGUCAUGGACGACCGGUGCGUCGACAUGGGUCGUGCUCAUAUCACUUUCUACCACAAGAAGAUUCUACAGGCUAAGGGAUGCUCUGAUAUCGGGAUAAUUCUAAACAUUAUUUCCGAUUAUCACUAUUCCAACUUCACAAUGUAUUAA